AUGGUUGUAAUGGAAACUCGAAUUGGGGGUGAUCGGGCUAAGCAGAUCACUGAUAGGAUGCCUUUUGACGGAGCCUAUCAUACGGAGACUAUUGGGUAUUCUGGUGGCCUUUGGAUGCUCUGGAGCUCGGAUAGAGUUGAGGUCACACCUCUGUCAAGCACUGAGCAGGAGAUUCAUGCAGUAGUUAAGGUACGAAAUUCAAACUCUAGCUGGAUGUUUACUGCUGUGUAUGCUAGUCCUAGGACUGCUGAAAGACAUAUCCUGUGGAAUAAUUUAGCAAAUGUAGCUGAUAUUCAUAACAUGGCUUGGGUGGUAGCGGGUGAUUUCAAUGAACCGCUUAUAGGUGAGGAUAAAUUUGGGGGUAGAGCAGUUAGUGUCAAUAGGUCUCUUUUGUUCAAAGAAUGUCUGGAUAAGUGUAGUAUGAUAGACAUUGGUUUUUCUGGGCCCCAGUUCACUUGGACUAAUAGAAGAGAUCUCCAUGGCCUAAUUCAAGAAAGGAUAGAUAGAGUUUUUGUGAAUCCCAGCUGGUGUCUAUUAUAUCCGGAAGCUAAAGUGGUGCAUCUUACCAGGUGCCACUCUGAUCACUGUCCAGUGUUACUGGAAAUGCAGCCAAGAGUUGGUGGGGGGAGAAUUAGACCUUUUAAGUUCCAAACUUGUUGGCUGUCUGACCCCACUUUUCCUGCCAUUGUGUCUCGGUCUUGA